GGGCGGGGCCUGGGCGCGGGGCCGGGCGCGGACGCGCGCGCGGCCUGCGGGGCGGACGGAGGAGCCGGGCGCCGCCAUAUUAGCGACCGCGGAGACCGGGGGAUUGCCGUGAGCGGCGGCGGCGGAGCCCGACCGAGCGGUGUGGUCUCGGGGUGGGCGCGGCGCCUUCCUGGGACCGGCGGGAACCGGCGGGCACCGGCGGGCGACGGGAGCGAGGCAGUGUGGCAUUCUGCAUGGCCUGGGGUGCAGCUGCACCCACAGCCCUGCUGACCUCGCUGACACUGCUGACCCGCAGCCCCGCCGACCCCGCCGAUCCCGCUGAUCCCGCUGAUCCCGCUGACCCCCUGCCAUGGACCAGGACUACGAGCGAAGGCUCCUGCGGCAGAUUGUCAUCCAGAAUGAGAACACGGUGCCCAGUGUUAGUGACUGAGGGCUGGGUCACCUCCCCGGGUUGUACGGACCCUUGGGCUGCCCAUCAGACUCCAUCCCUGGUCCAUCAUCCUGGUCCAUCAUCCCAUCUGGUGUCGGAGAUGCGCAGGACGCUGACCCCGGCCAACUCCCCUGUGUCCUCUCCCAGCAAGCAUGGGGACCGUUUUAUCCCAUCUCGGGCUGGGGCCAACUGGAGUGUCAACUUCCACAGGAUCAAUGAGAAUGACAAGUCCCCCAGCCAGAACCGCAAGGCCAAGGAUGCCACCUCGGACAAUGGCAAAGACGGCCUGGCCUACUCUGCCCUGCUGAAGAAUGAGCUGCUGGGCGCUGGCAUCGAGAAGGUGCAGGACCCACAGACGGAGGACCGGCGGCUGCAGCCGUCCACGCCGGAGCACAAGGGCCUGUUCUCGUAUUCCCUCAGCACCAAGCGUGCCAGCCCCGAUGAUGGCAACGAUGUGUCCCCAUACUCCCUGUCCCCGGUCAGCAACAAGAGUCAGAAGCUGCUGCGAUCCCCCCGGAAGCCCACACGGAAGAUCUCCAAGAUCCCCUUCAAGGUGUUGGACGCCCCCGAGCUGCAGGAUGACUUCUACCUCAAUUUGGUGGACUGGUCCUCCCUCAACGUGCUCAGUGUGGGGCUAGGCACCUGUGUCUACCUGUGGAGCGCCUGCACCAGCCAGGUGACCCGGCUCUGCGACCUCUCUGUGGAAGGGGACUCUGUGACCUCGGUGGGCUGGUCUGAGAGGGGGAACCUGGUCGCAGUCGGCACACAUAAAGGCUUUGUGCAGAUCUGGGAUGCAGCCGCUGGGAAGAAGCUGUUAGUUCUGGAAGGCCACACGGCGCGCGUGGGGGCGCUGGCCUGGAACGCAGAUCAGCUGUCGUCUGGCAGCCGCGACCGCAUGAUCCUGCAGCGGGACAUUCGAACGCCGCCUCUGCAGUCAGAGCGCAGGCUGCAGGGCCACCGGCAGGAGGUGUGUGGCCUCAAGUGGUCCACAGACCAUCAGCUGCUGGCCUCAGGGGGCAACGACAACAAGCUCCUGGUUUGGAACCACUCAAGCCUGAGUCCCGUGCAGCAGUACACGGAGCACCUGGCAGCUGUGAAGGCCAUUGCCUGGUCUCCGCACCAGCACGGGCUGCUGGCAUCAGGUGGUGGCACAGCCGACCGCUGCAUCCGCUUCUGGAACACUCUGACAGGCCAGCCGCUGCAGUGCAUCGACACAGGCUCACAAGUGUGCAAUCUAGCCUGGUCUAAGCACGCCAAUGAGUUGGUGAGCACACAUGGCUACUCACAGAACCAGAUCCUGGUGUGGAAGUACCCGUCCCUCACGCAGGUGGCCAAGCUCACCGGCCACUCCUACCGAGUCCUCUACCUGGCCAUGUCCCCUGAUGGAGAGGCCAUCGUCACUGGGGCUGGGGAUGAGACCCUGAGGUUCUGGAACGUCUUCAGCAAAACGCGCUCCACAAAGGAAUCCGUGUCAGUGCUGAACCUGUUCACACGGAUCCGGUAGAACCACGGCAGGACACAGCCCCACUGGGCAACACCGAGCUGUCCCCGCUGUCCCCAGAGGCACCAGGCGGGGACGGGAACCAGGCCAGAGCCCUGAGUCUCAUUAAACGCCUUGAGCGCUAUGGAGCUGCUGUGUGGGACAGGGGACACAGGGACCCUUGGCACUCAGAUGGACACCUGUCACCUCCCUGUCACCACUGCCCAAGCCGCAUCAGACGCACAGCUGAGCAGGUGGCUCGAGACCCAGUGUCACCAGUGCUGGACAUCCCGGGAGGUGCUGGCAGGGACACAGGCUCUCACCCCACAAUCGGUCACAGAGGUCCCCACCAACCCAUGUCCUGUGUACACCUCCUGCAGCCCCUUCUCCUGAGUGUCCCCCCCCCAGCUGGCAGUCUCGUCCGCCUCAUCCACCUCAUCCUGGUCUUCUGGAAGCUUCCCGGGCCUCCCUGACUUCAGAUCCUGUCUCUGCUGUCCCUCCAUACCACGGGGACACUGUGGGUCCCCAGUGUGGUGGCCACAGCCCGUGGUGUGUGCAUGUGUGUAUAUAUGUAUUUGUGACGCCUCUGGA